AUGCAGAAGGAAUUCCCUGUUAAAGACUUAGGCUCUCUAAGUUUCUUUCUUGGCAUACAUGUUACUCGAAGUUCUACAGGGAUUCAUCUCUGUCAAGCAAAAUAUGUUACUGACAUCCUCCAUAGAACCAAGAUGAUUGAAGCAAAGCCUGCAAAGUCUCCAUGCCCAUCUGGUUCUCAGUUGUCCAAAUUAAAUGGAGAGUCCCUGCUUGAUCCUUUUGAGUAUAAAAGUGUAGUAGGAGCUCUCCAAUACUGCACUCUAACUCGACCUGAUAUAGCCUUCUCUGUGAAUCAACUUUGUCAACAUAUGCACCAUCCAACUGUUACUCACUGGUCAGCAAUUAAAAGAGUUCUCAGAUACCUCAAGAACACCCUCCACCAUGGCUUGUUUUACUCCAGCUCAAAUCUUCAACUGAAUGCCUUUUGUGAUUUAGAUUGGGUUGGUUGUCCAGAUGAUAGGAGAUCCACUUUUGGCUUUGCAAUCUUCCUUGGUAAUUGCUUAAUCUUCUGGAGUUCAAAGAAACAACCUGUGGUCUCAAGAUCAAGCACAGAGGCUGAGUAUCGAUCCCUUGCUAUUACUACUAAUGAGCUAUUUUGGUUACGAAUGUUAUUUCAAGAAAUUCAAAUUUCUCUUUCAAAGGCUCCAGUUGUCUGGUGUGAUAAUGUCAGUGCACUAUCCUUGGCUGCCAAUCCCGUUUAUCAUGCUAGAACAAAGCAUAUCGAAGUUGAUUAUCAGAGAAAAAGUCCUCAACCGAGACAUCAUAGUAUCCUUCAUCUCCACAGCAGACCAAAUUGCAGAUGUGUUCACCAAGGGAUUGUCUUCAGCUCGGUUUCUAUUUCUAAAAUCCAAGCUACAAGUGAUUUCAUCCCCUUUUUGCUUGAGGGGGCAUGUUAA